AUGGGCAAGCGUGGAACAGUCCAGCUUAAUUCGAUCAAACCGUUAGAGGGACACAGACCAGAUUACUCCUCUUUGAGUGACAUGGCCUGGAUUUAUCAGACUCGACCUGAAUAUUUAGAAAAGAUGAAACUUCUACAGGUAAUAAGAGAAGGCACUACUGCGCAGCUUACGGAGAUGAUCGAAUCUUCCAGCAGACCAGAUGAGCUCCUUAACAUCCAAGACGACAUUGGUGUCGGAGUGCUACACAUGGCGGCCAGAUUCGACAAGCCGGAUAUGACAGCAAUCCUUCUUAAGCACGGCGCUAAUCCUAACGCUUUCUUAAGCGUUCGACACACGCCGUUUGCAGUGGCGUGUCGAUUCAGCAGCAUCGGCGUCAUUAAAGUCUUUCUAAAACAUGGGGUGGAUCCCCUCUUUCAUGUGAAGGACCAAGGGAAUGCCUUACACAGCAUCGCCCGUUUCAGUUCUGUUGCGGUUGCCGAGCUUGUGUACAAAAAAUGCAAGCCACCAGUCGACUCACGAGGUCAGCUAGGAAACACACCUUUACACUACGCCGCCCAGUACGGAAAUGACGCGAUGUGCCGAUGGCUGCUCCAGCGUGGUGCUGACAUCAAGGCUCGAUGUACGCGCAUGGCGACUCCAUUUAUGAUUGGCUGCAAGCAGGGCCACAUCAAUGUCAUGCACACACUGUUUCUUGCUGACACCGAAUCAGGAGAGGUGAGCGCCCUGACUGAUGUAGACGAUGAAUGGAUGGGAUGUCUACAUUACGCUGUCUCAGAGAACCAAUAUCAGGCCUCACUAGAACUGCUACAGUGGGGAGCCAAUCCCAACACACAGAACGUAAGUUGA